AUGGUGGUCCAGACCCGCAAGUUGGGUUUCCUCCAGGGGUUAAGACCUAAAGCUAACUGUGACAGUGAGGACAAGGUCAGCCUGAGAUACAUGAGCACCAUUUCCAAAAAAGCAAACGAAACAAACCCAGAAAGUCUACCUGAGUCAGGGACAUAUUCAGCCUUGGGCUGGUUACUCAAGUGCAGUAACAGGGCCUUUGAUCUUUCCAUGUUUAAUGCCGGUACAGAAGAACACUGGCGUAGCCGCCACCACCGCGACAGCAGCUGCAGCAGCCUCAGCAGCCCGAGCCACCACAGCAGCAACAGCAGCAGCAGACCUAGUAACAUAGGCAGCGGCAGCAGCCACGGCAACAGUGGACCCAGAUCCAGUAACACAGACAACAGCAACAGUAGCAGCAGCAGCAGCCACGGCAACAGUGGACUCAGAUCCAGUAACACAGACAACAGCAACGGUAGUGGCAGCAGCACCAACCCUAGUAACACAGACAACAGCAGCAGCAGCAGCAGCAGCAGCAGCAGACCUAGUAACAUAAGCAGUGGCAGCAGCCACAGCAACAGUGGACCCAGAUCCAGUAACACAGACAACAGCAACAGUAGCAGCAGCAGCAGCCACGGCAACAGUGGACUCAGAUCCAGUAACACAGGCAACAGCAACAGUAGCAGCAGCAACAGCACCAGCCCUAGUGACACAGACAGCAGCAGCAGCAGCAGACCUAGUGACACAGGCAGCAACAGUAGCCAUGGCAACAGUGGCCCCAGGCCUAAUAACACAGGCAACAGUGGCCCCAGAUAUAGUAACUCAGGCAACAGUGGCCCCAGACCUAGUAACACAGGCAGCAGCAGCAGCAACAGCAGCAGCAGCCAUGGCAACAGUGGCCCCAGACCUAGUAACACAGGCAAUGAUGGCCCCAGACCUAGUAACACAGGCAAUGAUGGCCCCAGACCUAGUAACACAGGCAACAGUGGCCCCAGACCUAGUAACGCAGGCAACAGUGGCCCCAGACCUAGUAACGCAGGCAACGGUGGCCCCAGACCUAGUAACACAGGCAACAGCAGCAGAAACCACAGCAACAGUGGCCCCAGACCUAGUAACACAGACAACAGCAGCAGCAGCAGCAGCAGCAGCAGCAGACCUAGUAACACAGGCAACAGCAGCAGAAACCACAGCAACAGUGGCCCCAGACCUAGUAACACAGACAACAGCAGCAGCAGCAGCAGCAGCAGCAGCAGACCUAGUAACACAGGCAGCAGCAGAAGCCACCGCAACAGUGGCCCCAGACCUAACAAAAGUGGCCCUAGUAACAUGGGCAGCAGCAGCAGCAGCUCCAGCAACAGCCACACUACCACCACCAGAAGCAGCAGCCAUAGCUGCAGCAACAGCAGCAGCAGCAGCAGCAGCAGCAGCAGCAGCAGCAGCUCCAGCAACAGCCACACCAGCAGCAGCAGCAGCAGCAGCAGCCACAGCAGCAGCAGCCAUAGCAACAGCCACAGCCACAGCCACAGCCACAGCCACAGCCACAGCCAUGCAUCGUGGGAAUGA